AUGAUUAUUUGAUUAUUAUCACGCUUUUAUACUCGAGCGAUUACUAUGUUAUAUUUCGAAUAAUAUACAGCUAGGGCUAGAUAUUCAUCGUUUAGAUUCUAAAGGAGGGCCUUGCUUCAAAUCUAUACUACGCCGCAAAUAAUUGAUGAAAUCACCGCAGGAAUACCUCUUAAAGCAUACGCCACCAACUGUUUGAUUUCUUUUUUGAAAAUACUUCUAGUAAAGAUGUCUUCUUUCAUUCUCUUAACAGUUCUGCAGCCCACUAACAACAAGUUCUUUGAAAACCACAAGUCAUUUUAAAACUAAAUUGCUUGAACAUUUGAACUUGCCUGUAUCAUGUUAAACGUAGGAAUCGACGGUGUAGCUCUGGUAACAGGGGGAGCAGCAGGCAUCGGAGAAGAAACUGGCUUCGCAUUCGCCGAAGCAGGUGCUUCAGGCGUUAUCUUUGCCGACCUCAGCAUUGAGGGGGCCAAAGAGAGCGCAGAAAAGAGUAAAGAAUUCGCUACCAACCCUCAAUACCGAACCUUGGCCUUGGAGGUAAACACCACCGAGCCAGAGAGUGUUCAGGCCAUGGUUGAUCUCACAAUAGAGGAGUUUGGUCGAAUUGAUUACUUUGUCAAUAGUGCUGGAGUUGGAGCCACGUCUCUCGCACCAACGUCCGAUAUCGAUAUUGACAACUUCGAUAGAACGUUCGCUGUGAAUGCUCGUGGAACAAUGCUAUGCCUUAGAGCUGUGACGGAAGCUAUGACUGCACAAGAACCGAGAAAGGUCAAGGGCCGCCAUGGGGAUGAGCGUUCGCUGGGUCGGGGGUGCAUCGUGAAUCUUGGCUCUGGAUUGUCAUAUGGUGCAGGUCCGGGAAUGAUGGCUUAUGCUGCAUCGAAACACGCAGUGAUGGGAAUUACUAAAGUAGCUGCGCUGGACAACGCAAAGCACGAAAUUCGUGUGAACGCGCUUUGCCCCUCAUGGGUGAAAACCCCCAUGUUAGAACGAAGUUUGGCUCGUUGGGCAGGACUUGAAAAAGUUAUUCAAGCUGUCUCACCAGCAAAAAGAGCAGCAACGCCAGAAGAAGUAGCUAAUGUUGCCGUCUUCCUUUGCAGCCCUUCGGCUACCUAUGUCAAUGGGACUGGCUUGUUGAUUGAUGCUGGAAUGAUGGUUACUGCGCACGCAACUUAAGAAACGCUUCGCUGCUGGUAAUAAAUUACAUACGCUAUCUGCGUAUCAGAGUUAGAAUAAGUACUCGUGACAAUUAGAACGAACUCAGACUACUAGUGGGUACACGUACUUAUGAGACAUAACCAUGCAAAUGGAACUUUAUGAAGAAAAUAUAGAUUCCCAGAGAGUGAGAUAUUGAUCAGGAGUCUUUUGUUGAGCUUGAUGCUGUUUUGCGAAGCUUUGUUUUGUAUACGUAGUUAAUGAUAUCCAAUAUAUAUGUAUGUUGAGAGUUACUGACAUCGGGUUGAUCGACUUCUUUUUGAAGAGCCCGCAUAAAAAUCGACUAAUAGGCGUGUUACUUUGACGCAUCUGUACUAAUCUUUUCCAUAAUAUAUUGUUGGUUCUGAUCAGCCGACAUACAUAUAAAACCAGUACUAAUACUCUACCAACUGAGCAUGACUGUAGUGCAUCAACUCCGAGAAAUCACGAGCCUCGGUCUCGUUUUAGAAUUUUGCUUAGAAAGAUGCUUCGAAGUAUCCGCGACGUAUUCCAUGGCUUCUAGCAUGAUACGUGCCGCACAUCAGCAUUUGUAUGUUUCCAUUAAUCUUAUCGCUACUAAUUUCAUGUUUCCGUAUUUCUUGUUGAUAACUCACUGCUUCCCACAGUUGGGACCCAGGCCUUUCUUCUCUCAUUGGUCUCCCUGGAUAUCUGACCGCCAAUGGCCUGGAAUGUCCCACAGACGCUCGAGAUGACUUCUUCCAGAAGGCAUUUUCUACCCCUCCUGGAUGCAUUUUACCACUGGCAGGCUGAGCUUCCGCCUUGUCAUGCCUUAAAUGACUUCAAUUUCUUAUGAUAUGAGUCCGCGGCGAUGAUCCGGCAAGGCUCUCUCGGUUUCCUGUGAGAGAGACAAUAUAAGAGGGAAUGCACCAGCCGGGCGAGGCUGCAUUGAUAGAUUUGGGUAACUGUAUGGGGCAUGAUGCGGUUGCAUUCAAACACAGAAUGAACAUAGAGCUUGUUGGAAGUGUAAAAGCGGUGCUAGAGAAUCUCCCAACUGUGUUAGAUGAUGUUGGACUUGUUUACUCCACAAGUUCUAA